GAUCAUUCUUUCAUUCAACAUCAAAACAUACAAAAACAAUAUUAGUACACACAUUUCUUAAGAAUGGCUUCCAACAAGCUUAGUGCACUAAUUAUAAUAUUUUCUCUCUUUGCUCAUUCAACAUUUUCACAUGAUUGCGCUUCAUGCAAACCAACUCCAAUUAGUCCUCCUCCACCUUCAAAAACACCAAAGGCUUGUCCUCCACCACCUUCAACAACGCCUAAGGCUAGCCCUCCACCUCCAUCAACUACGGCUAGCCCUCCACCUAAGGCUAGUACUCCACCUCCUUCAACGCCUAAGGCUAGCCCUCCACCUCCGUCAAUGCCUACGGCUAGCCCUCCACCUAAGGCUAGUACUCCACCUCCUUCAACGCCUACGGCUAGCCCUCCACCUCCUUCAACAACGCCUACGGCUAGCCCUCCUACUCCUUCAACAGCACAAAAAUGCCCUAGUGACACAUUAAAGCUAGGUGUAUGUGCUGAUGUUCUAGGACUUGUUAAUGUUAUUGUUGGAAGUCCUGCUUCAAGCAACUGUUGUACAUUGAUUCAAGGUUUGGCUGAUUUGGACGCAGCAGUUUGUCUUUGUACCGCUAUUAAGGCUAACGUUCUUGGUAUCAACUUGAAUGUGCCUGUCACACUUAGUCUCCUACUUAGUGCUUGUCAAAAAUCUGUUCCUAAUGGUUUCCAAUGUUCAUAGAGUUUCAUGUGAAAGGUUCAAGCCAUACCAAUACUUAUGUUACAAUACUUUCAUUAUCGUUUUUAUUUUACUUAAUGUUUAUGUGUAUGAUUGAAAUUACGGUGGCUUUAACGAAAUUAUAGUAAUACUAUAAUUUUGUUGAAGUUUCACGAGUUGUUUUUGUCAAAAUCACACGGUGUCAUUGUGAUUUUGUUAAAUUCACCCUCAAUUCAAAUCUGCACUAUAUCUUGGUGUGAGAUGUGUUAUUUUAAUAAAUGGGGUAAGCAUGUUUGCCUCAUCUAGCAAUUUUGUUGUUUUAAUUUUAAUAAAUAAAUUUGGCGAACUUUCAUUUGA